AUGGUGACGGUAAAGAGCUACUGUGAGGAGGGUGUUUCUAUGGAGCAGGCAUGGGUGGACAGUGGUCUAGCCCCCUGCUUCUACUUCACCCUGGUGCCCUCCGUCCUCCUCACCCUCUCCUUCUUCUUUGGCACCUUCCUCUGCAUCUGCUACCGCCGCUAUGGCACUGACAUGGAGCCCAAAUUCGUGCCUCGCUCUAGACUCUACAGUCUGCAGAUGGGCCUGUCGUUACUGCUCGGUAUCCAAGGUCUGGGUUGGACAGUAGCCCACGCUGCCAGAGGAGGGGAGCUCCCAGGGUACGUGAUACUGUACGGGUGCUUGUCUAUGUUGGGCUGGGCUUGGGCCGCUGCAUUGCUGAGACUGGAGAGGAGAAGGGUUCUGGUCCGGGACCGGACCCGGGGCCAUAGCACUGUGCUGCUGCUCUAUUGGUCAGUCGCCUUUGCUGCUGAGAACUUGGCAUUUGUGUCCUGGAUGAGUCCACAGUGGUGGUGGGGCCUGGAGAACGAGGAGCAACAGGUGGAGUUUGGUCUCUGGUUGGUUCGCUACAUUGGCACGGGGACACUGUUCUUCAUUGGCCUUAAGGCUCCAGGGUUACCACGGCGACCUUACAUGCUCCUGAUCAACGAGGAUGAGCGAGACGUGGAGCAUGGACAGCCUCUGUUGGGUAGCGGUACAGAGAACCAGUCUACCUGGCAGGGCUUCAGGAAGAAGGUGCGUCUGCUUGUCCCGUACAUGUGGCCCAAAGGCAGCGUGUUGUUACAACUGCUGGUCCUCCUCUGUCUCUGCCUGCUGGGUGUGGAACGUGUGAUCAACGUCUUUGUGCCCAUCUACUACAAGUACAUAGUGAAUGACUUAUCGAAUGGAAGCCCAUGGAGAACUUUGGCAACCACAGUGUGUGUCUAUGUCUUCCUUAAGUUUCUACAGGGCGGUGGUGCUGGUUCGUCUGGCUUUGUCAGUAACAUGCGUUCCUUCCUGUGGAUCCGUGUGCAGCAGUACACUAACCGUGUAGUUCAGGUGCAUUUGUUUGAGCACCUUCACUCUCUGUCUCUACGCUGGCACCUGGGUCGAAAGACAGGCGAUGUCCUUCGUAGCAUUGACCGUGGUACUUCUUCUAUCAACAGCCUGCUAAGCUAUAUAGUAUUCAGUAUCUUCCCCACCAUUGCUGACAUAGUCAUCGCUAUCGUCUAUUUCAUCUCCUUCUUCAAUGCCUGGUUCGGCCUCAUCGUGUUUGUCUGCAUGUUCCUCUACCUCACACUGACCAUAAUCAUCACAGAAUGGAGGACCAAAUACAGGCGAGACAUGAACAUGCAGGAUAACAACGCCAAGUCAAAAGCCGUGGACUCCUUACUCAACUUUGAGACAGUGAAAUACUACAAUGCAGAAAGUUACGAGGUGAGCCGCUUUGAGGAUGCCAUCCUCAAGUAUCAGGUGUCAGAGUGGAAGACCAACGCCUCCUUGGCCCUUCUGAACCAGACUCAGAACCUCAUCAUUGGUUUGGGCCUGCUAGCCGGAUCACUCCUUUGCGCCUACUUUGUCACAGAAGGAAAAUUCAAGGUGGGGGAUUAUGUCCUUUUUGGAACGUACAUCAUCCAGCUAUACACUCCUCUUAACUGGUUUGGAACCUACUACAGAAUGAUCCAGAACUCUUUCAUUGACAUGGAGAGCAUGUUCAAACUCUUUACUGAGGAAAAGGAGGUGAAGGAUGAUGUCAAUGCAGGAAACCUCCUUUACAAAUUGGGGAAGGUCGAAUUUGAGAACGUGCAUUUCAGCUACACAGACGGGAAAGAGAUUCUGAGGGAUGUUUCUUUCACUGUCAUGCCUGGACAGACAGUGGCACUGGUGGGCCAGUCGGGAUCUGGUAAAAGCACCAUCAUUCGCCUCCUCUUCCGUUUCUAUGACGUUCAGGGUGGCUGCAUCCGUAUUGAUGGGCAAGACAUCUCCAAGGUGAAGCAGAGCUCUUUGCGCGCUCAUAUUGGUGUCGUGCCUCAGGACACAGUCCUGUUCAAUGACACUAUUCAAAACAACAUUCGUUAUGGCCGCGUAACAGCCAGCGACCAGGAGGUGGAGGAGGCUGCCAGAGCUGCAGACAUUCACGACAAGAUUCUUGCCUUUCCUGAAGGAUAUGAUACACAGGUGGGGGAGAGAGGUCUAAAGCUCAGUGGAGGAGAGAAACAAAGGGUGGCAAUUGCCCGCACCAUCCUCAAAGCCCCCCAGAUAAUCUUACUUGAUGAGGCAACUUCUGCGCUAGACACACAGACAGAGCGGAACAUCCAGGCCUCACUUGCUAAAGUCUGUGCAAACCGGACUACCAUUGUGGUGGCGCACAGGUUGUCCACUAUAAUAGGUGCAGACCAGAUUAUGGUUUUAAGUAACGGCCAGAUUGCAGAACGGGGAAGACAUGAGGAGCUGCUGGCUAAGGGAGGUCUCUACUCUGACAUGUGGCUGAAACAGCAGCAGGCCCAGGAUUCUGACUCCGCCUCUGACACUGAGAUCAAAGACAAGCAGUCUGAGAAACUACAACCUGCAGCUGCCCACGGAGGCCACAAGAGUCACUGAGUACAGUGCCUGAGAGCUGCCAAAAAAAAAGUUUUCUGCUUUGAAGACUGACAAAGAGAAAGAGGAGUAACG